UAUUGGAUGUGCCGCUGUCAAGCAGCGGCGAAGAAAUGGAAGUGCAAACGCCAGGCAAGGCGGCGAAAAGGCAAGCCUAGGAGAAAACCAGCUCGAUGUGGCGGCUUUAUUCGUGCUCGCCGCCUUUCGUCAUCCUGCGCCCGAAACUUGUCUAGAAUUACUGCCUUUUUAGUUUGAAUUUCCCCCCCCCCCCCUGUUUGCAUUCUCCAGAAAGGGGAGGUAUGUUCGUCACUCGUCCCAUUUGACAACCUCUACAUACAUCCUUCCAUUUUUCUCGAUUUGUAUUUUUAACAACCCCUGACGCCACCGCCACCGGAAUGAGGGAGCACCGAGGAGUCCGGAGACGCUGCGCCCGGGUUGGGCUGAUCCUGAAGCGGGUAGCGGACGCGUGAACGCCGGCCUCCGCCGACCGAUUCCGGAGCCGAUACAUGGGGAGUUGCGUUGUGCUCCGCCGGGAAUGCUUUGCCACGAGUGUGCACGCGAAUGAAUAUUGCAGCCUGUUGAGGAUGAGGAUGAGGAUGAGGAUGAGGAUGAUGAUGAGGAGUAGGAGGAUGAUGAUGAUGAUGAUGAUGAUGAUGAUGAUGGGGUCGGAGCAAAGCGCGGUGACGACGCGUACCCUGGUCGUCCUCAGCUGAAGUGGGCCGGCGCAUUGAUACAAGAGCCUCACUAUCUACUCUAUAUUCUUCUUCUUGUUGGACGGCACCAGGGGGGACAAGGACGACUGCCAAUGCAACAUUGCACAGCAGAAAUGGAUAAAACUGUUGCAUGAGGCUGCACUGUCUGAGUGAGUUUGUGUGUGUGUGUGUGUGUGUGUGUAUGAAUGUGUGCGUGUGCGUGCGUGCGCGCGCGCGUGCGCUGAGGCCUACUUGAUGGCUGAAGUUGAGCACAACAAAAAGCAACAUGAAAAAUGGUGAUGUGGUACGAGCGACAAGAAGGAGCCUUGGGGGAUCUGAGCAGUCCAUCUGAACUGUAACCCAACUUUUUUUUUUUUUUUUUUUUUUUUCCCCCCCCACCCUCCCCCGAAAAAAAAAAGAAAAGAAGAACUGCUGCUUUGAUUAAAGAUCUCCAAUUAAGUUCAUGUGAAAAACAAGCGGGAGGAAAUCAGCUUCCUGGUCUCCUGGAGUAGGGUGGGGGGUGGGGAGGAUAGAACAUUUAUUAUUCAUGCCUCUUUUUAGAGCAAUUGCAGAACUGGCUUUGUUGUGGCCCAGAUGACAUAUAUCUAUUUAUAUAUUUAAGCCGAGAGCAUGGACAUUUUGUUUCACUAAAAAAAAAAAAAAGAAAAAGUGAGCGAAUGACACUGGUGACCCUCAAAGUAAAAAAAGCACUUGCACACAAAAAAAAAAAGGGGGGCUGAAGCAUGGGCUGUGCUUCAAGUAUUCAUAUCUCUGAUAGGGUGGUCUACCACGGUGGAAAAGAGUCCGAGGAUUCCCACUCGCCCCAGCAGACGAACACCACUCGGCAUCAAGGAAAUCCUGUCUCGGGACUACCCCUCAAACCUCUGAGCUGCAAGACCACAUUAACAGACGUGCAAUUUGGACCAAUGAAGUUAUUUAAAGACCCACUUCAGGUACUUUUAGUUUUUGCCAAAGAGGACAGUCAGAGUAAUGGCUUCUGCUGGGCUUGUGAGAAGGCCAACUACAGGUGCACCAUGGCACGGACGCCCGAGUCGGCCCUCGAAUGCUUCGCCGAGAAGCUUCACGACCUCGUCAUCGUUGACCACAGACAUUCCAGACACUUUGACGCUGAAGCACUAUGCCGGUCAAUGAGAGCGGUCAGCUCUUCAGAAAACACUGUGAUAGUCGCUGUUGUGAAGAGGCCAGACAGGGAGGAAGCCUCUGUGAUGCCUCUGAUCAACGCUGGCUUUAAUAGGAGAUAUGUGGAGAAUGCCAACAUGAUGGCCUGCUAUAAUGAGCUACUGCAGCUGGAGCAUGGAGAGGUGCUCGCACAGUUCAAACUGAGGGCUGGCAAUGCUAUUUUCACAGCUUUAGAACAAAGCCAAGAGGCCAUAGAGAUCACUUCUGAAGAUCAAGUCAUUCAGUAUGUGAAUCCUGCCUAUGAGUCCGUUAUGGGCUACCAACAAGGUGAGCUCAUAGGGAAGGAAAUGAUAGAAGUGCCUAAAAGUGAGAAGAAUAAGCCUGAUCUCCUUGAAACGAUAAACUCCUGCAUCCGAAAAGGGAAGGAGUGGCAGGGGAUUUAUUAUGCCAAAAAGAAGAAUGGAGACAGCAUCCAGCAAAAUGUGAAGAUCACACCUGUAAUUGGACAGGGAGGAAAAAUAAGACACUACGUGUCAAUCAACAGGCCUUUAAAUGAUAAUAAUAAGACUGAUAAAUCAAGUGAACGAGUGCAAGCCGAGUCGCAAACAGACAUCCAAUCCAGUAAGCACAAAGACAGGAGGAAAGGCUCUCUGGAUGUGAGAUCCACAACGUCUCGGGGGAGCGACGGGAGCUCACAGCGAAGGCACUCCUCAAUGGCCCGAAUCCACUCCAUGACGAUAGAGGCUCCCAUCACUAAGGUCAUAAACAUCAUCAAUGCAGCACAGGAGAGCAGUCCCAUGCCUGUGGCAGAGGCCUUAGACCGGGUACUUGAGAUCCUAAGGACCACGGAGCUCUACUCCCCACAACUGGGCACCAAGGAUGAAGACCCCCAUACCAAUGACCUCGUUGGAGGACUGAUGACGGACGGUUUACGCAGAUUGUCGGGAAAUGAAUGCAUCCUUUCCACAAAACAGCCCCAUCACAUCCCCAGUCACCUGGCCACUCCUCUUUCCCUAAACGACAUCCCCCCUCGUGUAGCUCAGACCAUGGAGAGUGAGGACUCUUGGGACUUUGACAUUUUCAACUUAGAAGCUGCGACCCUGAAACGGCCUUUGACCUUCUUGGGUUUAAAGAUAUUUUCUCGCUUUGGGGUUUGUGAGUACCUCAACUGCCCUGAGGCCACUUUGCGCUCCUGGCUGCAAGUGAUUGAAGCCAACUACCACUCCAGUAACUCCUACCACAACUCUUCCCAUGCGGCCGAUGUCCUGCAUGCCACCGCGUAUUUCCUGUGCAAGGAGAGAGUUAAGCAAAGCUUGGAUCCCAUUGAUGAGGUGGCCGCCUUGAUCGCUGCCACCGUGCACGACGUGGACCACCCGGGCCGCACCAACAGCUUCCUGUGCAACGCGGGAAGCGAGCUGGCCAUCCUGUACAACGACACCGCUGUGCUGGAGAGCCACCACGCAGCGCUCGCCUUCCAGAUCACGACCCGAGAUGAUAAGUGCAACAUCUUUAAGAACAUUGAAAGGAAUGAGUAUCGAACACUACGACAGGCGAUCAUCGACAUGGUGCUUGCCACUGAGAUGACCAAACACUUUGAGCAUGUCAACAAAUUUGUCAACAGCAUCAACAAGCCGCUGGCUGCUCUGGAGGAGAACGGGGGAAAUAACGACGAGGAGUCUUUGAAAAGCAUUUUGACGUCCCCUGAGAAUCGUAUCCUUGUCAAGCGAAUGCUGAUUAAGUGUGCGGACAUCUCCAAUCCAUGCAGGCCUCUGGAGCUGUGUAUAGAAUGGGCCGGACGCAUUUCCGAGGAGUAUUUUUCACAGACGGAUGAGGAGAAGAGCCAAGGCCUUCCAGUGGUCAUGCCUGUGUUUGACAGAAACACAUGUAGCAUCCCAAAGUCCCAGAUUUCUUUUAUAGACUACUUCAUCACGGACAUGUUUGACGCUUGGGAUGCUUUUGCAGACCUCCCCAAUCUUAUGCAGCACUUGGACAACAACUUCAAGUACUGGAAAGGCCUGGAUGAACGAAAGCUGCACAGCCUGCGACCGCCUCCGGAGUAGGCGCCGCCCUCCAGCUUGUGUUGUGCGCGCGCGUACAGAAAACGCAGUCCUCAACAAUGACGCUCUGACAGGCAGCUGCGGCGCUACUAUUAUGCCGGCUCUUACAAGCUCGUCCGAGGAGAUCUGUGGGGGGGGGGGAGAAAAAAAAAAAAGAAGAAAAAAAACAGACGUGGACACACGACAGAACGUCUUUGGGAACGUCUCAUGCCUCUCAGGCGUUUGCAGUGUAGCUUGAGAAGGAGUCCGGACAGGCCUCGUGAAUAAGCUUCAAUCCCGCAUGUACCGCACGGGCUCUCCUCCCCGCCUGUGAAGCUGACCUUGGCGUUUGAGGAGAAACUGCUUGUUACUGAAGGAGCCAGCAACACCGGAGGACAGAACGGAAACACGGUGCGAAUAUAUGAAGGCGUUCAAUACGAGGCAGGUCAUACAAUCGCCUUCAUGCUCCACCCUUGUUCAUUCAGCAAGGCAGGACUGUUCCUUCUGCCUCUGGAGGCUGAAAUAUGAAACGCUGCGCCCCCCCCCCCCCCCCCCCCCACCCACCCCCUCCCUUCAAUCAUUGCCCGUGUAUUUCCAGGUGUCCUACAGAAACGCAUCAAAGUGGCAUACAGUAACUGGCACGGGGGAGGGGAUCUCGUCCUGGACAAAAAUCCUAACAAUUGCGAUCGUAGAUGAACAAUUAUAUUAUUCUGUAUGCUCACGUAUUUACACUUACCAUAUUUUCCAUAUGAAAUAUCCGAAUUGAACUUGCUGGUAAAUAAGAAAAUGAAGAGAGAAAAAAAAAAAAGCCAAA